AUGAGUAGUUCUAGUGCACUUUUCAGCGUACGAAGAGCCGCAUGGCUAUUUUCUUUGAUUCGCGCAAUUCAUGGCAGUCCGCUGACGUACAUGGUUUCGCAAGAAACGAAACGAGAAGAAGCGGAUACCGUAACUUUUCUGUGCAUAUCUGUGCUCCUAGUACUGUUGGGAGGUGUCUUUGCAGGGCUUACGCUGGGGUUGAUGGGACAGGACGAGGUGUAUUUGAAGGUAAUAAGCUCAUCGGGGUCUCCUGGCGAACAGAAAAGUGCAUUAAGAGUGUUGAAACUUAUAUCCAAAGGCAAGCAUUGGGUGCUCGUCACUCUACUACUCUCAAACGUUAUCACUAACGAAACGCUUCCCAUCGUUUUGGACCGGUGUUUGGGUGGUGGCUGGCAAGCAGUGGUGUCUAGCACCGUGCUCAUCGUUGUAUUUGGUGAAAUUAUUCCCCAAUCCGUGUGUGUUCGGUACGGCCUUGAAAUUGGUGCCUUUUUCUGCCCAUUCGUCGAACUGCUCAUGUACUUGAUGUACCCCAUAGCUUAUCCAAUUGCUUUGCUUUUGGACUGGAUUUUGGGUGAGGACCAUGGAACUAUGUACAAGAAGUCGGGGCUUAAGACACUGGUCACAUUGCAUAGGACUAUGGGGGUGGAAAGACUUACAAAAGACGAGGUUAUCAUCAUUUCUGCUGUUUUGGACUUGAAAGAGAAAAAAGUGCGGGAAAUUAUGACACCUUUGGUCAACGUGUUCACUAUGAGCGCUGACGCUAUUCUUGACGAGAAAACGGUUGGCGAAAUCUUCAAUUCUGGGUUCUCACGUAUUCCAAUUCAUUUGCCUGGCGAGAAAAACAACUUCAUAGGUAUGCUAUUGGUACGAGUGCUCAUAUCUUAUGAUCCAGAUGACUGUUUGCCCGUGUCACAUUUCCCUCUAGCCACACUUCCGGAAACAUCUCCUAAUACCUCUUGUCUCAACAUCUUGAAUUAUUUCCAGGAGGGGAAGUCGCAUAUGUGCAUUGUUUCAAAAGAACCAGGAAGCUCUUCUGGUGCUCUUGGUGUGCUGACACUCGAAGAUGUUAUCGAGGAAUUAAUAGGAGAAGAAAUUGUCGAUGAAUCCGACGUUUUUGUCGAUAUACAUCAACGAAUCAUGCGUGACCAACCGGGUCCACUCGCUAAGCGACAUGUCACAUCUUACUUGCAUUCUUUAUACAAGACCUCACAGAAAAACCCGGCCGAUCACUCUAGUGAAGAUAGACCCCUAUUAGAGGGACCUCGUGAUACUACACAGACACCCUGCCAACACACAACUGUUCUGCCGUUCAACCUUGCAUCCAAUCCUAUCGAGACUCAUAACCCACACGUCAAGGUAAAAAAACUCCCUGAAAAUGUAGAGCCUUUGGCCGAGCAUCGCAGUUAUGGCGGGACAGGGACCUCACCUCGCGAUCAGACCGUUAGUGAUCAGCAAAUUCUUCAAAACGACUCAGUGGGCAAAGAGAACGCAUUGGUACAGGACCAUCUGGAUGCCUCAAAAAAGGCUAUCCAGUACACGCUCAAUACAGGUGAAAACAGUCAGGUCACAACCUCAAGGCAGCUGUCCCCUGAAGCUGGCUCUGACAAUAUGACACAACUGAUCGACGCCGUAGAUGGGUCACACUCAGGUUCCGACCUGGACCAAAAGGAACAUACAGACACCCAAAUGAUAUCUUCGUCGUAUCGUCCCAGCAUCAACGGUAUUGUAGAGAGCGUGGUAACUGUGAAGGGGGUUCCUAAGACCAUCAUCGCUCCUGCGAGAGGUUGGGAUGAAUGUGAAGGAGUCGUGAUCGACGAGACCGGCAACGUACAUGAGAAUGGUGAUGGAGAGAGUAAUCGCACCAACGAUCUCGAAGCCUUAGAGCACCCUUCACCCAGCAGACCCCAAAAGAGUCGCAGAGGGAGCUUAUUCAGUUUAUUCCGUGCCUCCAGCGUCGGAGGCAGUGGUUCCAGCAUCCGAGGGAGGUCAACUCACACUUCAGGAUCUUCUGAAAAAAUCGGGCAAAUGAUAGCAGAGGACAAUAACUCUUGCUCCCCACGCAAUACAAAUUGA